AUUUUAAUUUGUUUAACCCUGAUAACAUUUUUAAGCAUACAAAUUUAUGCCAAUGUUGAUCUAAAUGAAUGUUUAACAUAUAACAAUACUGAAAAUCCAUUUGAACUUAAUUGGACACUAAUUGACGAUGGUACAUUUAUUAUGGAAAAUAUAACACUAACUAAUAUACAGACACACAAAAUUGUUGACUACUGUGGCGUCAAUAGUAUUAAUAUGUGUCCACUAAAAGUUGGCCAUAAUGUUACGUUUAACUUUAGAUUUAAAUUGCCUAUCGACAUUGGACAAUCUGAUAAUCUAAAAGUAGCAUUGACAUAUUAUGAACAUUUUAAACUGUAUAACGGUUCAAAAUCAUUUUAUGUGGAUGGCAACACUAGUCUAGUCAGUGGCUUGGAUCCAACUAGGAAAAUUUUGGAUAUUGACCAACGUAAAUCAACUAAUCAGACAAAACCAUUGAUUGAACAUGAUACAACUGUACAAGCUAGAUUUACGUUCUACGUAAUGGAUAUUGAAAAAAUUAACCCAUUUCUAAUGAAUAUCGAUUUGGUCCACCAGACAACUGGCGAUCCUACUCCUGGUAAUAGUUUAUCAUGCGCAAUGUUUAACGGAACAUUUACUAAAUAAUUAUAUAUC